UGGCGGCGGUGGCCCCGCCCCGAAGCGGGGUAGGCUGGGAGCCGGGCCGUGCGGCGGGGAGCGGGCCUGGUGCGGGCAGGCGGUCGGGCCGGGCUGGCGGCAGAGCGGAGGCGGGCGGUCGCCAUGCCGGAGCUGGCGGUGGACCGUGUGGUGGUGCACCCGCUGGUGCUGCUCAGCGUCGUCGACCACUUCAACAGAAUAGGAAAGGUUGGGAAUCAGAAGCGAGUCGUCGGUGUGCUGCUGGGCUCGUGGCAGAAAAAAAUACUAGAUGUGUCCAACAGUUUUGCAGUACCUUUUGAUGAGGACGACAAGGAUGAUACUGUGUGGUUUCUAGACCAUGACUAUCUGGAGAACAUGUAUGGAAUGUUUAAGAAGGUCAACGCUAGAGAAAGAAUAGUUGGUUGGUACCACACGGGCCCGAAACUGCACAAAAACGACAUCGCCAUCAAUGAGCUGAUGAAAAGAUACUGUCCUAACUCUGUGUUGGUGAUUAUUGACGUGAAGCCAAAGGACCUGGGGCUGCCCACAGAAGCUUAUAUUUCGGUUGAAGAAGUUCAUGAUGAUGGCACUCCGACCUCCAAGACGUUUGAGCACGUGACCAGUGAGAUCGGAGCAGAGGAGGCGGAGGAAGUUGGUGUUGAACACUUGCUACGAGAUAUCAAGGAUACAACGGUGGGCACUCUGUCCCAGCGGAUCACAAAUCAGGUCCAUGGCUUGAAGGGACUGAACUCCAAGCUUCUGGACAUCAGGAGCUACCUAGAGAAAGUAGCCAUGGGCAAGCUCCCCAUCAAUCACCAGAUCAUCUACCAUCUGCAGGAUGUCUUCAACCUGCUACCAGACGUCAACCUGCAAGAGUUUGUCAAGGCCUUUUAUCUGAAGACCAAUGACCAGAUGGUGGUAGUUUAUCUGGCUUCUCUUAUCCGUUCCGUGGUUGCCCUGCACAACCUCAUUAACAACAAGAUUGCCAACAGGGAUGCAGAGAAGAAAGAAGGACAGGAAAAAGAAGAAAGUAAAAAGGAGAGAAAAGACGAGAAGGAGAAAGACAAGGAGAAGAGUGAUGUCAAGAAAGAGGAGAAAAAGGAGAAAAAGUAAAAUGUGUAGGUUUUUUAUUUGUAAAUUAAAAAUCUUGUAAACUAAA